AUGACAACGCAGGGUAACCACAAGAGGCUGGAUGAGGUCGGACAAGAGAUCCUAUUGAGCUCCCGAGGACAGCAAGUUAUGAUGCAAUGGGAAAAACAAUACAUGGAGCUUUGCGUUGAUGCACUUGGCAUUCAACUGACAGACCGGGUGUUAGAAAUCGGCUUCGGACUGGCCUAUUCGUCCUCUCGCAUCCAGUCAUUCCGGCCACAAAGCCAUACCAUUAUUGAAUGCGAUCAGGAGACGUUGCAACGUGCUCAGAAGUUUGCAGGGAGGUACAAAGGCGUGCAAAUUAUGUCGGGAACAUGGCAGAAUGUGCUGCCUACAUUAGACCAGUUCGACUGUGUUUUCUUUGACGACUAUCCGCUACCAGAACUGGAAGCAGAAAACUUAUUUGCAAGCGGAAAAGGAUUUAGUCGACGCUCACGAUGGCACGAGUUUUUAGAUGUUGUGUUAAAACACUGUGCGACUGGGGCAAAGAUCUCGGGGUAUCUUGCGCGAGAGCUAGAUUUGCAACGCCCUGGAUGUCAACUCUUUGUCUCGAAAGUACAAGUCGACGUUCCAGAGCAUUGCAAUUACUUUCCACACAAGACUGCACUGAUUCCGUUGAUUACGGUGACAAAUCCGGUUGUUGCUGCUGGCACAAGUGACAUUAGUGUCGAGUCGUCAUUACCACUUCCAUUGCCUCACUUCUCCAAGAAGUUUCAGCGUAUAUUCCAGAGUACGAGCAGGCCAGAACGAGCAGUAUAUGUAGAUACAAAUUUUUUUUGCGAACGACAGCAGAUUGCUGAGAUUCGUGAGUUUCUGCAGGCUCAUGAAAUGGAUGAUUUCUUGCGCAAGCAGUCGGCUGAGUUUAAUCGUGGUGAUAGUAGUGACAUGGGCGGUGAAGUAUCUUGUACCAGAGGGAUGGCUCUAGACGGAGGCCAGCACGUAAACGAGAGGUCAAUACAUUACGACGACGAGCUGUCAAGACGUGAAUUUUUGCGCACGCUGAAAAGCAAAGCUGCAGCUUCGAAACAGGUACUUGGGUGA